UGUACUAUAAAGCACUGGAUUUCUUGGGGCCUUUGUCCCGUUGGCAUCGCUCCAUACGCUGCUUGUGUGUUUUGCUAUGGCGGCGGGAAUAAGCGAAGGGCUGACAACUUGAUAUGAUACUGAUUUGACACUCUUGGAUUCCCUGCGGGUGGUUCGAGGGAACGCCGGCGUAAUCCGCGAUCGCCGGUAAUCUUCGCCCAGAAUUUACAAAACCAAGGUGUGCAUUCCUUAACUUCGUGUUCAACUUCCUUGCACUGGCUUCCAGGGUUGACGACAAUUGACUGAUGGCUUUCGAGCUGGAGGUGUGUGUGGACUCGGUGACGUCGGCGCUGACAGCUGCUGAGUCAGGGGCCACACGGCUGGAGCUAUGUUCUGGUUUGGCUGUCGGAGGACUGACCCCCAGCUUUGGCUUGUUCCAAGCAAUCCGGCAGCGAGUUCCCCUGCCGAUCAUGGUGCUGGUGCGGCCGAGGGCUGGCGACUUCUGCUACACGGCCGAGGAGGUCGAGGCCAUGGUGACCGACAUCACCCUGUUUCGGCAAAACGGCGCACACGGCUUUGUCAUAGGAGCACUCACCAGGGAAGGUGAUGUCGACAUGCCCACCUGCCAGCGGCUGCUUGCUGCUGCUGGUCCACAAGCGGACACCACCUUUCACAGAGCAUUUGACGUGGCCAGGAAUCCACAGACAGCCUUGGAGCAGGUGAUCGAGCUUGGCUUUCGGCGUCUGCUAACCAGUGGCCAAGCUGCCAGCGUGGAUCAUGGCCUGGAGCUGCUCGCCAGACUUGCCAACCAGGCCAAGGGCAGAAUACAGCUGAUGCCAGGCGGAGGUGUCAGGGAGUCCAACCUGGCCCACCUGCUGCACGCUACAGGAGUUCGGGCUGUACACGCAUCCGCAAGCGAGCCUGUACCCACUGCUGCGGCGUCUGCGCUGUCAUUUGGCGAGCUGCGGGUUUGCAGUGCCGCUCGCGUGCGCUCCCUUCUGGCCAUUGUCUAUGCACAAGGCCACCUGUAGACGAGCCACGCAGAGUCAUCACGGCGACCAAAGAGUGUGUCUUUCAAGGCUCGUGCAGUGGCCUUUGGUAACGCAUGUGUGAUGCUUUGGGGCACACGUAACCAUUGUCGGAGUUCUCUGUGGAACUGUGAUCACUGAGCCAGCAUGGGAUUGUGAGCAGCGUGUAUGGAUUUCUCUUGGACUGAGGGAACUGUUGAUUGAGGUUGUGUGGUAAAACGCCACUGCUUCGGCUUUGCUGGGAUGGGAAGAAAGGUCCGGUUUAUACAGUGGAUCAGGAUAUUGAGAUUGUACAGUAAAAGCUUGUUAAUUAUGAUAUGCUGCAGGAAGAAGCAUUCCAGUUAUCCAGAACAAAGAGAACAGCAAAUGUUUACCGUGCGAGUAUUCCUUCAUAUACUAGAUAGUUCCGUCAUCCUCAUUCGUAUAUUGCACGAAAUGUGCAAUUUCAGUCAUCCUCUGCAAAUCGUAGGCAUGUACAACUUGGUAGGAGAGCUUGCAUGAAUGCAGAAUGUCAAGGGUCUCGUAACUUACUUUGCAGCGUGACAUGUGUGUCUUCAUCCAUGCAGGCAAACUUCUCGUUUACCGAGCUCAUCUGCUAACCGUUUCAUUGCCGUUGGGCUGACUGGCUACUGAUUGUCUGUUGCUGUAGUAAGCAAGUUUGACGAUAGCUCACAGGUCAGAGUCAAACGACAUUCCAUUGUAUUUACAAACAGUUUCCACAUUGUCAUACCGCAAGCCUCCUUCAUACUAAGUUGACGCAAAGCAAUAACUGCUUGCGGGUGCUGCCGCCAUCACAGUAGAAGAAUCUCCGGUUGCAAUGAUGGCGAUUGUUGAGCCACGUGGCCACAUGUCCGCAUGUGUAUGGAUUUCUCUUGGACUGAGGGAACUGUUGAUUGAGAUUGUGUGGUGAAACGCCACUGAGGGCCACUCUUAUGCAGUGUAAAACGCAUGAAAGAAGAGCAUAAGGCAUUCCUUCCCACAGUACCUUCCCAAGUGACGGAAGGAACACUGCAAUAUUCUAUCAGUCCUGCUGCUUCGUAUUCCUUUUUCUUUUUUUUCACUAUCUACUGAAAAUUUCUUAAGGGGAGUUGCUGCUCGAAAAAAAGAAUGUUUUGUUAUUUGUACUAGAGAUCUGAAAAUACAGUUGAAUUUCGAUAACUUGAACUCAAAGGGGUCCGAGAAUAUGUAUGAACUAAAAUUAGAAGGUCGAAUCAAAAGGACUUGUUUUUGAAGUAUUCGUGCGCCAUAGCACGAUGCACGAAUGGUGAGAGUCUUGAAAUGUUGCAGCGCGCAAGCACACAGCGAGCGAGGACCACGAAACUGCCCACGCCGGCCGACGCUCGCCUUCCCUAUAGUGCCAAAAAAACAAAACUUCCAAAGAGCAAGCUAAGCUGGCACGGGGCUGGCGGCGCAGGCGCGGAGACCGUCGAAGAGGAGGGAGUUACAAGCGAGUUGAGAGGGAGGGUAAAGGGGGCGUAGUUGCGAGGAAGGCCGGGAGGGAAGCGGAUUCGCUUUCCCGCCAACUUGCUGGAUGGCGCUAAUUACCUCUGCCACCUACUGCCACCGAAGCAGCGGAGUUGCCGAGGUCAGACUGGGCCCCCACUGCUGCUUUUCCCUCUGCAUGCUUACUCGUUUUUUCCUUCGUCUGCUGACAGAUCGGCGCUGUGUUUACCUUCUUUGGCCUGCGGGCUUAGCGUGAGUCAUGUCUUAUCAAGAUUGCGAAGUCGUUGCCACUGAUCAUAAUCGCAUUGGUGUGCUCCCUUCUGUUGCGUCGUCGUCACCGCAUUCAAAAGACAAGGAGAAUGAGGUACUGGGUGUCGCCUUCGUGUCCUUGUAUUCAGAGUCUGUCUUGCUGUACAGAAUCGGAUAUGGCGCACCGUCUCCAACAACCUUUCCACUGGAACAUCUCCGUUUAGACGCAUCAUUGUAAAAAAACAAGUGCGAACCAGACCGACCAAAACACGUGCAAGCGAGAGCUGACGUGAGCAGACGAUAGUACGAAACAAUCGGUCCGGCUGAACCAGAUGAGAGCAUGAAUAGAGCGGUAGGGCAGCUCCACAUGAUGCCACUUUCCUGCGCAUAAGUCACUAGAGGCUACUCUUGGUCUCCUCCACUUGCUUGCCGCAGUGGCGGGCCACGAAAAUUCGACCCUGGACCAAUCCCUCCCGCAGAGCGUGUCUUGCCGCCGGUGUGGCUGGUAAAUUAUGCCGCAAUGCAGAAACAGCGACCUUGCCAUUUGAGAGAGAAUGAAAUUUCUGCCACUUUUUUUUUUUUUUAUGCCUGUGGUGUUCAGUUGUUUCUCAUAAGCCUUUCCUAAUGGCAGGGUUAGAAAAAUCCUGGUCGGAGGUGCCGCGGCGUGAUUUGGCAUUGUCGGAGCGUGGUAUGUUUGAAUUAACGGUUGCAAAUGCUUGCGUGUUCGAAUUACCGGGCAUUUUCACCCAUUGGAACACACAUAACUGUGACGGGACCACGGCAUCAGUUCGAAUCAAGCGUGCCCGAGUUAAAGAGAUUUGACUGUACAUGUGCUGCCAUUUGUAGUUCAUUAUGUAGAUUUCAAGUAUGUCAUUAGUUUUUGGGUAGCUGCUAUACUUUUUAGUUAUGUCCUGCACAAGUGCAGAAUGUAGUGAUCUUUGGAGGCUUAAAUUAAAUUUCACGAAAAGCAUCAUCCUGUACCUCAUUUAACUCUUUGUAGACUGCAAAGUGCCAAUAUCUAUCCAAACCGCAUGUAUAGUUAGCGGAACUAUGCAAGAAAAGAUGAGUAAACUUCAACAAAUUAUUUUCACAAACUCGUGAAACGUAACCUUCUACUCUCUCGGCUACUGCCGAGAGUUAUUGCAAUUUCAAUUAGAUAUCGGCAUUGUACAUAUCUUGAAGAGUAUGUAUGGCAGAUUUCAUUAAUACAGUACAGUCAAGUGCACGAGCUUAUUCUCAUGGAUUUCCGAAAAGGACUAGUUGAAGUUUACUAAUCUUUUCUUGCUUAGUUCUGCUAAUUAUACAUGCAGCUUGGAUAGAUGUCGGCACUUUGCAGUCUACAAAGAGCUAACUAAGUAAGCUGCAGCACGAUGCCUUCUGUGACAAUUUAAUACAUGAGGAAGUGCCUCUACAAAUCUACAUGAAAAAGCUCUAUGAAUGGCAGUAUUUUAGCAUUUGUAGUACAAAUAACAAAAAUAAUUUUUGAGUAGCUUGUCCCCUUAAUGGCACGCUUCCAACUUUCUGUAUUAUAACUACUAAGGUUUUCCUAGUUAAUCGGUGUAUCUGACCAGAAUUAGCAAGCAUCUGGUGGGCACUGAAAUAGCGCACGUUUUUGUGGGUCAAAUGGCCAACCGAUAUUGUAUAGUUUUCCCGAAAUAAUGUAAAAACGCCUGUGUAUCGUGCCAUGGGCGCAUGUUGAAGAACUCCAUGUGGUCGAAAUUAACCCGGAAUCCCCCACUACGAUAUGCCUCAUAAUCAUAUCGGAGUUUUGUAAAACCCCAGAAAUUAAAUGCUUUUCCCGAAAUAAGGUUUCACUGUACUUCAUGAUUUUUCAUCAGGUGGCUCCUGUACAGCUUAUCAGAUACAAUCAAACCUCCACAUAACAAUGUCAUGUUUUUUUCAGUGAAAGUUUUCGUUAUAUCAAAAUUUUAUUCAGACAUGGCUUAUGUGUUGUGGGGGUGCUUGGAGCACUGAACACCCUCGUGGAACACUUUCGAUGGAUAGCAUCGUUUUAGAAGCAAGCAUCUACAGUCGCCGACGGAUUUUUCGGACUCCAACAAUUCGGACUUGAUAAAUGUUGCAUCAGGGUUCCCAUAGAGCUCAUGAAUUUUUGCAACCAAUUUUUUUGACGAAUUUAAGCCCCAAAGUUCAAUUUUCCUAACUAAAUCGCUCAUCCCAAGCCACGCUACCUGAUCUUGGGGGCCGCCAUGUUGGGUUUUCCACAGGCUUGGCAUUCAGUGGCCCGCUAUAUAGCCUCCAAAAUUGGGAGGAGCACGCUUUCAACAGAGCGCAUGCGAUAUGUUCCAGUCUUGGGGUCCACACCCGCUCUUCCUUGGCUGACGGAACGCUCCAGGGGUCAACACUUUUUCUUGUUUCUUUUUUGGUCAGCGCUGUCAUCAGAAGCACUUCAUGCAGGAUCCCCCCCUCCCCCUUUUUUUUUUCAUUGCUAUUUUGCACGUGGUGUGCCAACAAAGCAGGUGUCUCUCGGAGACGUCACAUCUUUGUCUAUGUGUGGCUUUGCAUUUGCGUGAUCGGCACCACCUUGCGUGCCUUCGUGAGAGCCAAGUGGUGCGAAGAAACAUGGCUAGUUUCUCCAUGGCGGUCUCUGGCAACGGAGAUCGCGAACGCAGUGACACUUUUGUCAGACUGUAUGUGGAGGCGUCACUCUUGCACAAAUCCAGGCAAAUUUGAUCACCUCUAAGUGUAAUAUGUUGCACGGUAUUAUUAGGGAUUUUCUUUUUAAGCCGCUCUAAGCCUAAUAAAUUUUUUUGUGUGUGAACGGGUUUUUCGGACUAUUUUCAGUCCCCGCGAUCUCCGGAAAAUCGGUCGGCAACUGUACAAAUGAAAUCCUGGUAGAUGCCCAAGCAAUAAUUUUAGUCAAGUGCAUCUGCUGUGACUUGUGAGGGCAAUGCGCAUUCAGGAGAAGGCAGAGCUACAGUGUGGGGCACGUGUAGUGCUAAAAAAUGGCAUUGUACGGAGCCACGCACAUUAUCACCAGCAGCCAAUGCUAGACUUCCAUGUUUUGUUUUCUUUACAAUGUUUCAUUGAAGUCUAGUGCACUCUAGUACACUAUUCCAAGAAUAACAGCUGCUCGGUGGCACUGAUGCUAACAAAAAAAAACGGCUUCUCUUCCUUGGUAGCUGCAUUCAUCGGCAACGCAUCUUCAACUUGACGUUGCAUCCUACCUGCAACAUCCAUUUCAUGCCGCACAGUAGCCAUGGCCCAAGUGCAUAGUGCAGAAUACCUGCGUUAAUCCAUUGUUGUAUGGAAUGCAUUUCAGCUGUAGUUGCAGCGGCACAUGGGUAAUUAUGUGGAUGCUGGUUCAAUAGGUAGGAUGGGACAGUCGGAAGUGCAGUGAAAAACAUGGUCGUUAAAACUGCUCGAGGUGGGUUCAAUUGUAUUUGAAAUUUCAAAUAUUAAUGGGAUCAUUCUUGCUGUACGAUUUAAGAAAUCGCUACAUUCGAAAUUGUUGAUUAUUCAUUUCUGUUCAAAUGGCGGCAUUGGAGAAAGACCGAUGCAGGACUGUUCUGGACGAUUCUGCUGCAGGAGAGCCACGGUGGUUGUGCCAAGGCACCAGCUCCUGAGAAAACGUACCGAGCAGAUAACUUCCGCUCUCUUAAUUUGCAGACAUUCAAUAAGAGUGCCUCAGUUUUAGGAAUCCUACAUUGCAAGUUUGUUGUCACUUUGGACUAGGCAAUGCAUUAUUUGACCAGUCUCAGGACGUCUGCACAUUGUGCUAUAGUAUCCCACUUCUCGCCGUCAAUGAACACUCCAAACGUUGGCUAUAAGAAACAUUUUCGCUAAAAUCGCUUUAUUCAUAAUGAUGUUUGGCCACUGCAGAAUGGCUGUUUGUGCAAAAUUAUACCACAGCUUAAAUUUCACGCUCUAGUAUGACGUCUGUGAUAUAGUAUUAUGCUAUAAGUUACCUUGCAGUAGAGAAGCCAAACAUUUUUGCAAGUAACAAGCCUCCAAAAUACUUACCACCAGGCAGUUUAGGCAAAAAUAGUCUGAACCUGGCAACCCUGAUAGCAGCACCAGCUACGUCUGCCACAGUUGGAUGUUGACUGUCGGGACAUCUUUUCUUGUCCCACCUGGCUCGGCCAUGCUACCUACCAGGUCAUUGUUUGUCACCUAUGGCAACUGAAAAGCACACCCUGUUCUGUGCCAAAUUGUACAGUAGUGUUAAGUGUGUGUCUUCAGGCCACAGCACAUUGAUGCUCAGUCUGUGUGUAUUGAGAGUACUGCUGCUUUGCCAUGUGAAAAGCCUUUUGUUAAGAAAGGGAAGCUGCACCAUUAAGCCUGGCCACCGAGAGGUGUAGUAGCAAUGUCGCAUUGCGAACUGAGAGUAAGUAGCAACUUGUUCCUGGAGAUGUGCAAACUUGUGCUGCGUUAGCAGUGCAACUAAAGCUGCAUUACGAGACACAGCAAUGCCUCGCCUGGUAGGAAAGUAGACAGCGCACUAACACCUUCUGUCUGGCUGACAAACUUAGUGAGACUCGAGGGAACAGACUUCACCGAUAACCAUUUUGUAAGCUCAGUGCCGUACAGAAAAGCAGGUGCCCUUUGGAACUGGUAGCAAUGGUGAGCCAUUGCUACAAACAUUUGAAUCGAUGGCUGUUAGUUGGAAAGGUAGUCAUUAAUGUUGCCUUCAGGUGGUGGAAAAAAAAAACGUUGACCGUAAAAUGGCACACUCCAAAGCUGCUUGUACAGGCAACAGCCAUUUUCCUGUUUGCUGUCAUACAAGGCAAAGAAGUGAUAGUAGUGGUCAAGCUUUGAAAGCAAAAUGACCCCAACUCGAAGUGGCACUAACAUCUGCCUCGGUAGGUGUCUGAGAGGUGAAGCAUAAUAUCCGGAUUCUGUUUGCUUAUGCUUUGUACAUGCCACAGUUCAUCUGUUUUUAUAUAUUUAUAUGUGCGUCGUUCAUGCAUUUUCCAUAACCGACUGUUAAGAGCUGGGCAACCCGACGGUUUCAUCGUGCAGUCUGCGCAGCUGAGCUCACGAAUUUCGGCAUGCUUCAGUGGUUGUUGAAAAUGCCAUCUCCUAAAAGAGGUUAUCCUAAAAGAGGUCCGCAGGAAACUAUCAGUGUAACAUGUAUGCAUUGCAGGGUUUUGGACAUGUGCAAGCAAAUUGCACCUCCGAGAGAUGUGCAUUACGUGCGACACCCCAAUCAGGUGGGCAAAUGUAGCAACACUUCGCGAGAGUGCACCCAGCAAGGGUGUUAAUUUGGCAGCGUGGUGCUUGACAGCAAAACGAAGUGUCAUUGGGGAUUGAUGACCAUGACAGCCUAUGAAGCCAUAGGGCUUGUGUGAUUUUUCAGCAUUUUGUGUUCUGUAAACAAUUACUGUAUUGUGAAAAAGAAAAUGCUUAUUUACGAGAACCCUUGAAUGAAAGGUAGGAAUAAUAUAAUCUAGUUAACACUUCUGUUCAUUUCAAGCCAGUAGUAGAAGCAAGUAACACAUCUAAAAUCCAGACAGUCAUAUCGGCCAACUCCAGGUCAGAUGAUUUCACAGAGGCUGAAAUUGGAAUGUUUCAAGCAUGUUUUGGCUGCAUUAUGUCACGGGGACGCUUUUAAUAUUAGAAACCGCAAAAAAAAAAAAAAAAAUGGUUUCAGUAUUGGUGCCAACUCUGCAACGAGUAUUACCAUCUUUAUUCUUAAAGUGUCACUAAACUUUUUCGUCUGACAGCCUACAAAUGGCACCAAAGGUAGGGUGCACUCAAAGUGGCACUAAAUUUGCCCAUCUGACUGGGGUAUAGUUUUCCUUUCAGGCACUCUGCCCUGAGAGUGUGUGUGUACCAAUCAAGUUGCCCAAUUAUACCCAAGCUGUUGUAUUCAGCAAUAAAGUUCUGCUCACAUUGCAA